CAAAGAAAAAAAAAAGCAAAGAAAAUAAAGUUAGAGAGAGAAAAUAGAGAGAGAGAGAGAGAGAGAGAGAGGAUGAUGAUGGCUUGGAAUAUCUAAGAUGGAAAAAGCAGCGACACCCCAUCUGAAAAAGUUAAAGGUUUCCUCAACGACUAUGGACUUCCUUCACUUUCUCCUUUUAAAAUGAAUUGAAAUUGAAACGAGUAAAGAUGCUCAUCAUUCCUCUCUGAAAACUUCUCAUUCUUUGGUUUCUUUCACGCGUGGCAUGGGAGCUUGAUUCCAUCAUUAGAUAGAGAGCAGAGGAGAGGAUAUGUGGAGAAAAGGAGCGAGCUUGUGAUCGCGGGAGCUUGAAGAGGAUUCAGGGAGUUCUUCUCAAGCAUCGUGAUUGGGAAAUAAAGCUCUUGAAGUAAUCAAAUCAAAUCAGUAGCUGAAGUAUAUUCUUCGAAUUUAAGAAGACAACAUUUACAAAUGGCAGAUUUAAGGGUUAGAAGAGUUGAACCGGGCCAGACCAAGAUCAGAAACGUUCCCAUUGCAGUAACUCCAGAAGGAUUUUGGUGCUGCCCUUCACCUGUUGUGUUUCAAAAGACAAUCAAGAAUCAAAACUACCAAAAUAAGCAAAAAACAACCCCUCCAUCUUCAAAAGCCCCAGUUCCAAAAUCACAAAACCCCCAAAUGGAAAAGAAACAAAAUGCUACACAUCCAAGAUCCAAGGGUCUCUCUGACGACCAAAAGUGUGCAGCUUCCGAUAACUCAACAGUAGGACCUGAAAGAGCAUUGAAAGCUAAUGGCGAGGCUCAGCAAAGGAAAAUAUCUGUUGGCUUUGGUCAGCCCGAGAGUAGUGAUCUAAAGGUUGUUUUGUUUGGGAAAGAGGGUAUUUCUGUGAGGAUGAGCGUCCACAAGAAUAUUCUUGUAGAACAUAGCAGCUUUUUUAAAGACAAGCUUUCGGUGGAGUCUCCAGUAUCGUGUGUUGAGAUUGGGGAUUGUGAAGAUGUAGAGAUUUAUGUUGAGACUGUUGGACUGAUGUACUGCAAAGAAGUGAAGCAUAGAUUGAUCAAACAAAGUGUUCAGCGUGUGUUACGCAUAUUGAAGGUAGCUGAAGCACUUGGCUUCCAUGCUUGCAUGAAAUCUUGCUUAGAAUACCUCGAAGCAGUCCCUUGGGUUGGAGAAGAAGAAGAAAAUGUCGUCUCAUCCAUUCGACACCUACAAAUCGAUAAUUUCGGGGUCAGUCCUCUCCUAAAACGAGUGUCUUCAGAUAUCUCUAAUCCUCCCAAUGAUACGCUUGCUCACAUACUGGAGUUGGUCCUCAAAAGCAGUGAUGACAGGGGCCGCCGUGAGACAAAAUCACUAGUAUUAAAACUCUUAAAAGAAAACAGCCUUUGGAUAAGUGGUGCUGUUGACAUAUGCACUGAAACCUUAUAUAAUUCAUGCCGAAGCUGCUUAAACUUGCUAUUACUUCUCUUCAAGCAAGCAUCAGAGUGUGGCAGCGACCCAGACAAGAAAAAAAUAGCUCUAGAAGCAGAUAAUCUCUUAUGGUUACUUGAAAUAUUAGCAGAUAGGCAUAUAGCUGAUGAGUUUGUAGUAAUGUGGGCAAGCCAAGAUGAGCUGGCGUCUUUGCACCCAAAGCUACCGAUAGUGUCUCGGUACUUGGUCAGUUGCAUCACAGCGAGGCUCUUUGUUGGAAUUGGAAAAGGGGAGAUGCUUCCUUCAAAAGAAACUCGACAAAUGCUGUUACAAGUUUGGUUGCAGCCUCUUAUUGAUGAUUAUAGUUGGUUACAACACGGAUGUAGAUCUUUUGAUCGGAAAGUUGUGGAGGAGGGAAUUGGGCGAACUAUACUUACGCUGCCUUUAGAAGAUCAGCAGAGUAUUCUUCUGUCGUGGUUGGGGAGUUUCUUGAAAGUUGGUGAUAAUUGUCCUAAUUUACAGAGAGCCUUUGAAGUCUGGUGGAGGAGGACUUUUAUUAGGCCUCAUGUAGAGCAGCAGGCUAAUAUGUUGCAGGGUGAUAAGAAUUGACUAAAGGGUGGUAGAACUGAUAAUAACUGUGUAUAAUGUUUGAGUUUGAUGCACACAGGUGUAUUUGAGGUUGUUGCUUGACAGAAGGUUUAGUGGUGAAAAGGUAGUAAACUUGUGAGAAAUCAAGGUAUGUUGUAUUUGUGUUUUUUCCGGUUGGAUAAACAAAGAUCUUUCUUGAAGAACUUUGUACUGUAUCUGCAUUUAGUCAAGUUUUCAAUUACAGGAAUCCUUCAUCUGAAUGUUUUGUUAAGAUUUUAUUAGUGAAAUACCAGGGGGCUUCCAUCCUACAAUUUGUUAA